GCGAAGGAGAGCGAGGGGUGUCGCCGGAUGAGCUCCCGGGCCGAGGCCAGCCCCACGAUUCCCGCGCCCACCACCGCCACGUCGAAAGUGCUGCACAGAGACAGACCCGCGCCGUGAGCUUCCCCGGCCGGCCGCCUGCCCGGGGGGAACCCCGCCUCCCGCCCCGGCCCGGCCCGGCCGCGGCCCCUCCACGGCCGCCCUCCCGCCCCGCGGGACGCUGUGAGAAGGCGCGGGCAGGGCCGCUCGGGGAAGCGAUCGUGAUGCUGUUGCGAAAGCUGGUGCCGUCGGUGUGCGGCCAAAGCAAGCUGCUGCUGCCAGGCGCCCGCAGGCACUUCUGGGGCUGGCUCAAUGCCGUGUUUAACAAGGUGGACUACCAACGGAUAGAAGCUGUUGGCCCGGACAGGGCAGCUUCGGAGUGGCUGCUGCGCUGCGGCGCCUUGGUGCGCUACCAGGGCUCUCAGAAGUGGCAGCAGGACUACAACGCUCUGCCAACGGGGUCCCUGGGCAAAUAUAAGAUAGAAGCAAUCGAUGCCACUGACUCUUGCAUCAUGUACAGAGGAUUUGACUAUUUAGAUGGUCUUGAACAUGUCACAGAAAUCAAGCUGCAGAUGUGUAUUUACAUCCAGGACCAGUGUCUGCAGAGGCUCAGUGAGACAAAAAAUCUGCAGCAGAGUCUCCUCCAGCUGAAGAUCAUUUCCUGUGGGAAUGUCACAGACAAAGGCAUCAUUGCCCUCCACAAACUGAGGAACCUUGAAUAUUUGUAUCUGAGUGACCUUCCUGGAAUAAGAGAGAAGGAAACCACUGCUCAGGUCCUUCAGCAGGCACUGCCAAACCUCCAGCUGGAGCUGGAUUUAGAAUAAACACAGUUGCACGGAAUUGACACGUAUUUGAUUUCACAGUGUUUAUCUUGUGUUGCAAAAAUGAAGUUGUAGAUGCUAUUGUAUUUCCAGGUGUGGAAAUCAGCCCAGGUCUCCCCGUCCAGCCUUAAAAGCUCUGUGUG